AGAUCCAACCAAUGGAACAACAGGACGAAUCGGUUUCUGAAAACGUAACAAUGAGAUUUUAAAACUAGUACUAUAAGCGAAGGAUUUUCUAGUACUUUCGUUUUCAACUGAUUUCACGCUACUUCAAAAGGGAAAAGACUUUCCCAUUCUUGUGUAGCAGCUGGAACAAGAAGGAUUGAAAACAUCAAGCCAUGGCAGACGACGCUGAGGAGGAGUACGACACCUGGGAUGACUUUUUCGGGACGGGAUUUGAGGAAGAUGACAAGGCGGUUAACCCGAAUGACCUGCUCGCUGCAGCCGAGGACUUCGACGGCGACGCCCUGGAAGACAUGGCCGACCGCAUUUCCAAGGAGCAUGACAAGUUGAAAGUGGUGCCGGAUAGCACGGCAGCAACUAAUUCCGCCUCCAAACAGCCAAUCACCGGCACAACGCUCAAAAGCAGCAGCAGCAGUAGCAGCAGCGCGCCUUCUGGUCGUACCGGGGCCGCGAGUGCAGCCGGGGCACCGCCUUUGCAGAAUAAAUCGGCAGCUGCUUCCAGCACCAAGAAACGACCGAACGUGGAAACUUUGUUGCCCACACUGGAAGAAGAGGAGGAAGCAGAAAAGCAGGCGAAGAAACAGCCGACAGCCUCUGCAUCCGGACAGCAGAACAAUGACCUGAGUAAAAAAAGGAAAACUGACAUUGACUCCGACGGCGACGACAAGACGUUUUCCGGGUUCGGCCCGCAGCCUAGCGCGGCCACCAAGGUGCGACAGAGGAACGAGGCCCUGGGGUUGAAAAAGCCCACGGUGCGCGAGAAGAAGAUCGAGCAGGGUCAAGUGGACGCGGAGAACACGUUACUGUCGGUUUUGCCGAAAUUUUCCUCGGCACACCUGGAGUCGGUCAGCGCGAUGAUGCACACGGCCAACAAUGCCAGGCCCGACAACGUGGUCCCGGUCGUCCACAACUGCGUCGCGUCCUUUCAGCUGCAGGUGGAAGUGGAUCUGCAGGACACGGUCUGCCGGGCGCGGAACAUCGAGUACAACCCGAAGAAGGCCCCAUCGCUGAUCGUGCGCCACCGCGACCCGCGAGCCACCGCCUUGGUGUACGAAACCGGCCGAGUCAUGAUCACCGGGGCGCGCUCCCCGGACGAAGCCAAACUCGCCGGAAAGAAGGUGGCCAAGAUGUUUCAAAAAAUCGGCUACCCAAAUGCGAAGUUCACGAACUACCAGCUCGAAAACCUAAUUGCGAUUGCGGACCUCGGGUUUCCGCUGCGCUUGGAAGGUAUGAUAAAGCCUUACUUUUUGUUCUAUGAAGUCGUUGUCAUCUUGUCGGAACAAGAGAAUACAGAAAGUGUAAGUGAUCACCCCAAGUCUAACAGUGAACCUUGCAUGCCUGUAUCGGUUGUUGCGAAGUAGAUGCAUGGGGGUGCUCCUAGAAGUACCGCUACCACCAUGCAGCAAAGAGAGUCAGAAAAUGAAUCGAAUAAAUUCAUCUAUCAGGUAUCGCUUACGAUUUUCGCGAGUACUCGUCCUACGAGCCAGAGAUGUUCUCUGGACUGGUGUGGAAUCACGACGAACCGAAGAUGUCCAUAUUGGUGUUUGUCUCGGGGAAAAUCGUGAUUACCGGGGCCAAGACCACUGACGACAUGUACCUGGUGCUGGAUGACCUGUAUCCGAAGUUCUUUCCCUACCAGAAAUAGCGAAUGUACAACUAUGGCCACGACUAGAACGGUACGAAGCUACGUAUGUCGAGCGGGGACAUCAAUUAUCUAGUGAAACAGCGAACACAGUAAAAGUAUCGAAACAACAAGAACGCGCUCUGAAGCAGCC